UAUUUACAUACGAAGGGGUUGACUAGCUACCGUAAACAACGGAUUGUUUAUUCCGCCAUUGCUUGGUGGUUCUUGGUUACCCCCAUGCUGGUUGAGCUGGGAAUCUGAAAUAAAGUUUUAUGAAGUCGCAAUGAACUGACGGAUAGUAAUCAGAGAUUUAAGAUGGCAAGCGAAAUUGCUGGAAGUUGGUUUCCCUCUGGCUAUUAUGGGCAUUUUCGCAGUAAAUCAAGGAAUGACUUUGUGUGUGAAUAUCGCCAGUUAGCCAAACCACAGCCACCAGAAAAGUUCUACAAGAGAGCAAAGCAACCUAUUACCAGACAUGUGUUCUCCCACCAUGACAACCGGCACUCCUUCCUCAACAACGCUCUCUACUUUGAAGAGGGUCUUGGCAGGAAGCGUGUCACAAACAGUACCUACAAUUUCAAACCAGAGUUUAUAUCAUGGAUGCCUGAACGGGAAUAUGUAGCCAGGAUGCGACCACUAGCCUCCACAUACAAGAUAGACUUUAUGCCAGAAAGACAAAGUCAUCAGUUGAUAGUAAAAAGACCUCAGACCUCAUUUGAAGGCGUUGCUACAACAACUUAUAGAUAUGCCCAUGGAAACGAGUCACCAAAUAGGGACUGCAUAAAUGCUAUGAACAAUCAAGCAUUAAUGUUGUCAACACAUUCAAAGCGUCUGAGGUCAAAGUCUGCUCGGCCACAAGUGCGAGAAACUGUUGCUUCAUGUUUAAGUUGGCAUGUGCCUCGCCCACCCAGUAAACCUCAGAUUCCUGCGGCAACUGAACUGGUGGAUUGCACAGAACCCUUGGUAGGAGCAGAGAGUACACAAGGUCUGUCCCCACCUGAUCAAACAUCCCAGGACAUGGUGCCUCAGUCACAGCCACCAUCAUCCCUAGUGCAAGACCCGGUCCUGUCAGAGUGAGGUUUUCUACAUGGGCUCAGUUUUCUUCAAAUACUAAAGUGGCUUAUGCCCUCAUCUUGAAAAAAAGUACCCAAACCAAUAUUAUUUCAGGUAGUGCAAACUCAGUUGAUAUCAAAUCAGUGAAGAAUAGAAAGGUGACAAGCCUUGUUGAGUAGUGGCAGUUACAUCCGAGGACAUUCUUUGUGAUAGCAGAGUGGUGAUUAAUAUUCCAGAUCGACUGGUAUAACCACAGAAAAUACAUAUGUGUUAUUCAUGUUAUUUGGCCAGAUUUAUCUGCAUCUACAGCUUUCCUUGGCUCUUGUGUCAAAAUGCAGGAGUAAAGAUGAAGAUUUUACAUUUUGCUUGCUCAUAAUUCUUAAUGGAAACUUAAUAAUAGAAUUGGAUCAUUCUGAUCAGCUGGUUGUAUUAGUUUCCUUGGUCACAUUAUCUCUAUUUUUGUUAACUGCAAAGAACAAAUGUAGUUUGGCCUCACUUACUGUUAUGUAAUGUUUGUAUAUACUGUAAAUGUAUACUUAUAGAUGUAAUAUGUAUAUUGGAUGUAUAUGAUACAAACUGUAGUCACUUUGUGACUGUGUCUGUGAUAACGGUGUAAAUAUAUAUAUCUGCUGUUCUGCUAUACCUGUAACAAUAUAAUAUACACUGUUCUGCUAUACCUGUAUGUACAUGUACCACAGGAUUGACUGCAUGUUAUGAAAGGAUGAACCCCAUUAUGAAGCUGCUCCAGCAUUAUCCCUCAACACCGGUUACCUCGUGUAUCAAUGAGAAUUGUUGCACCUACAGCAGUAUAAGUCAGCACUGUUCCCACGGAGCAGUGUUUUACUGUUAGUAUUACCUCAUAGGAAUCUCAACUGGUGCCUCAUACAACAUAUGGGAGUGCUCAGCAAAUAGGCCUCGCUCCAUCUGCAAGUGAUGUGGAAAUGAACAGAGUGUCUGACACUGUGUUAAUGUACAUGUGAGGUGUUGGGGUGUAAAGGUAAGCAUUGUACUUUGUCACAUGUUCAUUUUGAUAAUUACAAUUUAAGCUUGCGACACAAAAGCCAUUUCAAGAAAACAAGUGUUUCAGUGUCCAUAUAGUAAAGGUUUUUAGAGUUCAGUGUCACACAACAAUAUGUAAAUUUUGUGCUGUGUUAUCUUGAUUCUUCAAGGGUUAUAGAAAUAUUCCAUUUGUAAAACAUCAUGAACAGGUUACAACAAAGCUGUGUUUGUCUUCACAGCUCAUCUUGGAAAUGCUGUGACCAUGUUAAAUGUAAUGUUCUAUGUCAUUGUAAAGGCUGUAGGUGGCAUAACUAGAAUGUCUGAUUACUUCCAUUAGUGUAGAUCGUUACAUGUAUCCUCUGUCAAAGCACAACUGUGAUGUAUUCAGAUGAACACUUAACACAAUCUGAUCAAUGUGAAGUUUGAUAGAAAUUCAUACCUUGGAUUACUUGUAUUCAGUAAGAAUCAAUAUCUUUAGUAUGUUUGAAGAAUUAUUUCAAAUAUGCACUAUUUCUGUUAAAAAGCACAAAACAUAAUACAAGCUGACUGUCUAUCCAGUCGUUCCUGACAGUGUUAUGUUUAAACCAUGUACACUUGGUCGUGUCUUAUCAGUUAUACCAAAGGAAACUCCUUACAGUGUUAUGUUCUAUCCUCAUGAUUGUAACACAUCAGAUGAUGUUAUAGGUGGUGUGUGGUAAAUAAUGUUUUCAGUCAUGCACUGCACUGAAAAUGUCCAUUAAGACAUUCAGUUUUCUGAUGUCAUAUCAAAGGUUUAAGCAGUACAUUUGCAUGUCUUUUGUCAGAAUCAUUAAGAAUACACCUACAUUCAUUGAAAAAUAGGGUACAUCUACAGAAUACUGGAUACCUACGAGCGAUAUUGUUUAGUGUCAUGUCACCCUAACCCUAAACCUUACCCAACUUGCAUGCUUUCAAAGAUUGCAGAAGGUAUCCAGUAUUCUGUAGUCUUCCCAAAAAUAGCACAGAAUUUGAGUUGCAGUUGGUAUAUGACAAAUACCAAGAGUUCCAUGAGGAAUAUAAGAGUAUCUUACUUGUUAGUACAAUGAGCCUAUCAGAAUCCAACAUUCACACAUAAGGUCUGACACCUUGUCAUUUCAUAUCACAUGUAAAUGAUCUUAAUCAUAAAUAAUGCUAUACAACAGUAUUUUGUAUUUAGUUUCAUAAUACAUUGGCAAAAUAGCAGGUGAGGGUAUUUCUACAAUGUCUGUCUGAAUGGAUCAAUAAAGACGCCUAAUGACUUGUG